AAAAAACAUGACGAAAAUUACAAUUUUCUCUAUGAUUAGUAUGUUCAUUUAUCUUGAUACACUUAUAAAGACCUAAUUUGGUUUUCUCAAGGCCAGAUACGACGUCGCGUAUCGAACAAAUUGCAGGACUUAAAAGCGCGUUAACAAGGAAACAAAAGAUCUCCUUUUCCAGAGGAAAGCGCAUUCAGCUUUCGGCAAACCCAAAAUUGAACGACCCAAAAAAUAAAUAAAUAAAUAUUUUUGUAAUUCCGCGAAGCUUUUCAAUUUGUUUAUGCGAACUUUGACUUUGUUUCUCUCGCUGGGCUGUUGCAGUGUGAUUGAUACUGCUUAUUAGUGCUCGACGUCCAUUUUACAUAAAGUAGGCUCAGCUCAUCUUCCUUUUUAGCAAAAUAUUCAAUACAAAAGAGAGUAGACCAGCUCGUGUUUUCUGUGUUGUGAACGCCUCCAAGAUAUUGAAUCAAUUUUCCCAAUUUGAUAUAGCAUCAUCGUUGGAUUCUUUUCUGAACUUUCUUGGAUCCUAUUUUUCAAAGAGGAAUAUAACCUUUCGGAUGUGGAUUUCCCCAAAUGGAGGUUGAAGCCAUCUCAAUGGCUCAGUAGACCAGGUCUCGAGUCCAGUCAAAAGGAAAACAUCUAACAAAGCCUUUUUAGGGAUGAAGAAUCCAAUUAAUAAAGAUGACGCCGAUGUUGAAAAUGGGAGGUUAGAAAAAGACCGGGAAAAGGCUCUGAGAAACAAAAGAGGACUUAUACUCCACAAUCAGGCCUUGUUAUCCGGACUCGCCUACUGUUUGUCUUCAUGCGGUAUGAUAUUGGUCAACAAAUAUGUCCUCUCCAGUUAUGACUUUAAUGCUGGAAUAUCUUUGAUGCUUUACCAGAAUUUUGUAUCAGUAGUUAUUGUUUCCACUUUAAGUCUUCUUGGAAUAGUUACGACGGAACCACUUACAUGGAGAUUGAUCAAGGUGUGGAUACCGGUUAAUAUUAUAUUUGUGGGGAUGCUGGUCACAAGUAUGUUUAGUUUGAAGUACAUUAAUGUUGCCAUGGUUACGGUUCUCAAGAAUGUAACCAAUGUGAUAACGGCUGUUGGCGAAAUGUAUUUGUUCAAUAAGCAUCAUGAUAAUAGAGUUUGGGCAGCCCUUUUUUUAAUGAUCAUUUCAGCAAUAUCGGGAGGGUUCACAGAUCUCGCAUUUCAUGCUGUUGGAUAUGCAUGGCAGUUUGUUAAUUGUUUUCUGACAGCAUCAUAUUCUUUGACUUUGCGUAGGAUAAUGGAUACUGCCAAGCAAGUCACUAAAUCUGGGGAAUUGAAUGAGUUCUCCAUGGUCAUGCUAAACAAUAGCCUCUCACUGCCUCUGGGAAUUUGUCUAAUGUUUAUGUUCAAUGAAGUUGAAUACCUUUCGCAAACGCCACUGUUGAGAUUGCCGACUUUCUGGCUGGUGAUGACCUUUAGUGGCCUGUUGGGUCUAGCAAUUAGCUUCACGUCAAUGUGGUUCCUCCAUCAAACUGGAGCUACCACUUACAGUCUUGUGGGGUCACUGAAUAAGAUACCUCUUUCUGUUGCUGGGAUCCUUCUUUUCAAUGUCCCAACAAGCUUGGAAAAUUCAGCAAGUGUAUUCUUUGGCUUGUUAGCAGGAGUAAUGUUCGCAAGAGCAAAAAUGCAAUAACCGAUCUGUAUUUUUCAUUUACUUUCUGAACCAUUUUAAAGAUUACACUUGACAUUUCAGUUAGUCUGUUCUGUCUGUUUUGUAGCCUGGAAUGUUUGCUUCACAAGCAGCAGCAAUGUAACAUUUUUCCCUUCAAUUCUAGCAUUUGAUGAAAGUGUUGUCAUGUUGUCUAGAGUAAUCAAUACAAGAAAUAAUACGGAAUUAAGUCGAUCGAUCAACUUCAAUUCCCUUUUUUUUUUUUUUCGAUAUAUUCUAUGUUAAUUUACCCAUCAGAUACAAC